AUGAAGCUAAAGGAGCUUGAACGGCCUGCUGUCCAAGUGUGGAGCCCAGCCAGCCAGUGCCCUGUGUAUCUCGCCACAGGAACAUCUGCCCAGCAGUUAGAUGCCUCCUUUAGCACAAAUGGCACCUUGGAAAUCUUUGAGGUUGAUUUCAGGGACCCCUCCUUGGACUUGAAACGCAAGGGAGUCCUUUCUGCCUCAAGCAGGUUUUACAAGCUGAUCUGGGGGAGCUUUGGCAAUGGGCUUCUGGAAGCCUCCGGGGUUAUUGCAGGCGGAGGGAACAAUGGCAUGCUUACUCUAUACAAUGUGACCCACAUCCUGUCUUCGGGGAAGGAGCCUGUGAUUGCCCAGAGGCAGAAGCACGCGGGGGCUGUCAGAGCCCUUGACUUUAAUCCUUUCCAGGGCCACCUCCUGGCCACAGGGGCCAGUGAUUCUGAAAUCUUCAUUUGGGAUUUGAAUAACCUAAAUGUGCCAAUGACCCCAGGAUCCAAGUCACAGUAUCGUGAGCAGCCUCCAGAAGACAUCAAAGCACUCGCUUGGAACCGGCAGGUUCAACACAUUCUGGCUUCUGCUCACCCCAGCGGCAAGGCAGUUGUGUGGGAUCUCAGAAAGAAUGAACCUAUCAUCAAAGUCAGCGAUCAUAGCAACAGGAUGCACAGCUCAGGCUUGGCCUGGCACCCAGAGAUAGCCACCCAAUUGGUGCUCUGCUCAGAAGAUGAUCGUCUUCCAGUGAUUCAGCUGUGGGAUUUGCGCUUUGCCUCCUCUCCCCUGAAGGUGCUGGAGAGCCACAGCAGGGGGAUCUUGUCAGUGUCGUGGAGCCAGGCUGACCCUGAGCUGCUGCUCAGUAGUGCCAAGGACAACCAGAUCUUGUGCUGGAACCUGGGGAGUGGUGAGGUAGUAUAUAAGCUACCCACACAGAGUAGCUGGUGCUUUGAUGUGCAGUGGUGCCCUCGGGACCCUCCAGUGUUCUCUGCUGCCUCCUUUGACGGCUGGAUCAGUUUGUACUCCGUGAUGGGUAGGAGCUGGGAAGUCCAGCAGAUCAGACAGGCUGACAAGAUCUCUUCUUCCUUCAGCAAAGGCCAGCCUCUCCCACCAUUGCAGGUGCCAGAGCAAGUGGCCCAAGCAUCAUUGGUAUCAAUGAUACCUCCUCUAAAAAAACCCCCCAAAUGGAUGAGAAGGCCAGCAGGUGUUUCAUUUGCUUUUGGGGGAAAGCUGGUUACCUUUGGCCUCCCCAGCACCCCUGCCCAUCAGGUGCCACAGCUUUGCCUCCGCCUAGUCUUCGUCAGUCAAGUCACCACAGAAUCUGAAUUUCUGAGGCGGUCAGCUGAACUGCAGGAGUCCCUGGGGUCAGGAAAUCUCCUGAAUUAUUGUCAGAACAAGAUCGAACUAACGUCACUACAAAGUGAAAAGAUGCUCUGGCAGUUCCUGAAGGUGACCUUAGAACAAGACUCCAGAGUGAAAUUUCUAAAACUAUUAGGAUACAGUAAAGAUGAACUUCAGAAGAAGGUGGCCACGUGGCUGAAGAGUGACUUGGGGCUGGGUGAGAGCCCUCAGUCCGAGGGAGAUGAUCACAGUAACAGACAGCAGGUCUUCUGCAGCCAGGCCUCAAAACACAUCACAGAGGAAGCUUCUGCCUCCUCAACCUUCUUUGAUGAGCUGGUCCCUCAGAGUAUGACUCCAUGGGAGAUCCCCAUCACAGAAGACACUGAUGGACUCCUGAGCCAGGCUCUCCUGCUUGGAGAACUGGGCCCUGCUGUGGAGCUGUGUCUAAAGGAAGAGCGCUUUGCUGAUGCCAUCAUCCUGGCCCAGGCUGGGGGUGCAGAUCUGCUAAAGCAAACACAGGAGUGCUACUGGGCCAAGAAGAAAAGCAGAAUCUCCUCGCUUCUAGCCUGUGUUGUACGGAAGAAUUGGAAGGAUAUGGUGUGUACCUGUAGCCUGCAGAACUGGAGAGAGGCACUGGCCUUGCUACUGACAUACUCAGGGCCAGAGAAAUUCCCUGAGCUCUGUGACAUGCUGGGUAUGCGCAUGGAACAGGAGGGUGGCAGAGCACUGACCUCUGAAGCCAGACUCUGUUAUGUGUGCUCAGGGAAUGUGGAGCAGCUGGUGGAGUGUUGGGCAAAAUGCCACCAGGCUUCAUCCCCCCUGGCUCUACAGGACCUGAUGGAGAAGGUGAUGGUCCUGAAUAGGAGCUUGGAGCUAUUGCGGGGUCCUGAUGGGGUGAGCUCAGGCCCUGCCACAACCUACAGGGUCACUCAGUAUGCCAACCUCCUGGCAGCCCAGGGCAGCCUGGCCACUGCCAUGAGCUACCUACCCAGGGACUGUACUCAGCCACCAAUUCAGCAGCUGAGAGAUCGGCUUUUUCAUGCCCAGGGGUCUGGUGUCAUGGGCCAACAGUGUCCUCCUUUUCCCUUCCCCCGGGUUGUUGUGGGGGCUACCCCCCACUCUAAAGAAGCAUCAUCUUACAGAUUGGGAUUCCAGUUUUCUCACCAGGUUCCAACUCCAUCUCUAAGGCCAAGGAUUUUCACACCUCUAGUGACACCCUUGACACCUUCCCAUUCUAGCCCUUAUCAAAGCUCCAGAAUGCAUAAUAUAAGUGACUACGGGUCACCUGGGCCCCAGGCAGCCCAGCCUUUGCCCUUGGGCCCUGGGGUAAGGCCUGCUUUAUUUGAACCACCACUGUUAAGAGAGCAAAAGGCACAAGUUCCUAACCCCACGGGGUUCCCUGGAACAUGGCCUCCUCCUGGUCCACCUCCACCCAUGGCACCCCCAGACACCAUACAGCCUGGCUCUGCCUCCCUGGCUGAGACUGCUCAACAGCUCCCUCUGCUUCCUGUGAGACUCCCAGGUCUCAGCCCUAUGAGCUUCCAGUCCCCAGCCCCUCCUGUCAGCUUCCCUGUGACACACCCUCCAGGAGGGCCUGGUGCUCCAUGCUCUAAUGCCCUCCCAACCACUGGCCUCUCGACUGUUCCCCCAGGACCUCAAGAUUCCUUGAAAAAUGCCCCAGUGCCCAGGACAAACCUUCAGAGGAAAAAGUUGCCAGAGACAUUUAUGCCCCCAGCACGGAUUACCACUCCAGUUAUGAGCCUCACCUCUGAGCCACGAGGGGUCCUUUACUCCCAGCCUUCUGUCCCUGGUGUGGGCCAUGCUCCCCCAGGAGCACCAGGAGAACUCAGCCUGCAGCAGCUUCAGCAGCGGUCACCUGAGAAGGUGGAAAGGAAGGAGCUGCCCCCAGAGCAUCGGUCCUUGAAGAUUAGCUUUGACAAGCUUCUACGACGCUGCUCCCUGUCUGCCGCUGAUUUAAAGACAAAACGGAAGCUGGAUGAGGCAGCCCAACGUCUAGAAUGUCUAUAUGAGAAGCUCUGCCAGGGGACACUCUCGCCUCAUGUCCUGGCUGGGCUCCAUGAGGUUGCCCGAUGUGUGGACGCAGGAAGCUUUGAGCAGGGCCUUGCAGUGCAUGCCCAGGUGGUGGGCUGCAGCAGCUUCAGCGAGGUCUCCAGCUUCAUGCCUGUCCUGAAGGCCGUCCUCACCAUUGCUCAUAAGCUGCACACGUAA